AUGGACGGAGCCAGCGCCAUAUUUGCGUUUGUGCAGGUCGGGCUCAGCAUCGCGACCACGCUGAAUACCUAUAUCGCCGACGUGCGCCACCGUCGCGACGACAUCGCCAACCGCGAAGGCCCGGUCCGCCGCUCGCCGUCGCCCAGCCCGUCAUUCCGCGGCCGCUCCCCGCCGCAGCGCUAUCGGCCAAGGCCCCGUAGCUAUGGCCCUGGUUGGCGGCCUUCACGCCGGUUUGGAUCUCGUUCGCGCAGCUAUGUGCGCGAGAGGAUGGACCCGGGGGCAGGGCAGAGGGUGUACGCUGAGGAGGUGACAGAGUCCGAGGAGAGUGGUGAUGAAGGGCCGCCGGAUGAUGUGCUCGUGGAUCGGAUUAUGACGCGGUAUACUGGGCAGCCUAUUGAGCGGAAUGUUGGUACGGAAGGCUUGUGA